AUGACAUCCCCUUCACAUCGGCGGCCCUCGUCGCUGCUCCUGCAGCAUGACGAGCCCAACAUGCUCGCUUCCAAGGGCCACGGCACCCUGACCACACUUAUCAGGAAUCGCUCCCAUGCCUCAUUACAGAGCCCCGCGUGGAAGGGCUAUCAUGACGAGGAGGAAGCCGUCCCCAGCGGCCCCUUCCCGGACUGGGCUGCUUUCAGGCACCGCAACAGCAUCGACGCCGAGGACGAUGACCACCGCUCCCUGGCCGAGGAGCGCCGACUCAAUGCCCUCCUCACAGGGCCCCAGAUGCGCAGCAUGCGUCUGAUAGGCAGCACAAACCCUCGCUAUAAGUGGGAGAGGUACUGGAAGACCGAGGACCAGCUCAAGGACAUGCCCACCAAGUCGGUUCGCGGCUACUACGAGCGCACAAACUACCUGAUCCAGCAGUACCUGUACAUCGACAAGCUGCUGGACUCGUCACUGCCCCACGACCUCCUGAACGAGUACAACCACAUGCCUCUGUCCGCCUUCCGCCGCGGCGUCGAGGUCCCAACCACAAUCUCCGAGGAGCCCUCCACCCCGGCCAGCUCCUCCAACGGCCAGCCCAUAUCCAGCUCCGCCAGCGGUGCCGGGUCUGGCACCAACUCGGGGUACGGCACUGCGGUGAGGAAGGUGAAGCGGACGCCCAAGGACAUCUACCGCCCGACCAACCUCGAGUCCUCCUCGUCGUCAGACGUCUCCGUGCAGGAGGCGACGCCCCUCCUCAUCAAGGGCAUGAACCAGGACGGCGCUAUCAACGCCGAGCCCGACGCCGAGGAUGAUGACAAGGCCAAGCCCGAGAUCCCCUGGGCCGACGACGAUGACGUUGACAGCGGCGCCCGUAUUGUGACCGUGGCCAUCUACGUCAACUUCAUCGCCAACCUCACUCUCCUCCUGGGAAAGCUAGUCGUCAUCCUCACCGUCCCCUCUGUCUCCGUGCUCGCCAGCUUGGUGGACGCCGCUCUCGACUUCCUCUCGACUGUCAUCGUAUGGAUCACCACCACACUGAUCGCCCGCCAGGACCAGUACCGGUACCCCGUGGGCCGGCGGCGCCUGGAGCCGGUCGGCGUGCUAGUAUUCUCAGUCAUCAUGAUCACCUCGUUCGUACAGGUCGCUCUCGAGGCCCUAUCGACCCUCGCCGGCACCGACCACACCGUCAUCCAGCUGACAGGCCCGGCCAUCGGCAUCAUGGCCAGCACCGUCAUCAUCAAGGGCAUGUGCUGGUUUUGGUGCCGCCUGAUCAAGAACUCGUCCGUGCAGGCCCUCGCCGACGACGCCAUGACUGACAUCAUUUUCAACCUUGGCUCUAUCGCCUUCCCCAUCGUCGGCUACUACGCCGGCAUCUGGUGGCUAGACGCCCUCGGCGGUCUGCUGCUGUCCCUAGUCGUCAUCUUCAACUGGAGCCACAGCGCCAGCGAGCACAUCAAGAACCUCUGCGGGUUUUCCGCCACCGCCGACCAGCGCAACAUCCUGCUGUACCUGACCAUGCGCUUCGCUAAGACCAUCCGCCAGAUCCAGGGCCUGCAGGCGUACCACUCGGGCGACAAGCUCAAUGUGGAAGUGGACAUUGUGCUGGAUGCCAGCACGUCGCUCAAGGACAGUCACGAUCUUGCUGAGAGUCUACAGUACGUCUUGGAGUCGGUCCCUAUCGUAGACAGGGCUUUUGUACAUUGCGAUUACGCUAGUUACAACCUGCCAACCCACAUGGAGCAGCAGGCGGCUUGA